AUGGAACAAUCACUCGAAAAGGACCGCCGUCUGUACGCCGACAGCAAAGCCCGGCAAUGGCGUUUGCAUUGCGUCGUUGCCAUGGCGUACGCCGGAAGCGAUCACCAUCGAUACGCCGACAUCAAAGCCCAGCGGUGGCGGUCUGCAUUGCGUCGUUGCUAUCGAGUACGCUUGGCGAUGCACACUCUGAAGCCUCUUUUCACGCACCGCAAAAUGGCCCAAAGCCGACUAUUUUGCUCGCUUAAUGUCGUCCAGAUAGGAAUCAAAGCAGUCUCUCAAUACUUCACUGGCUCAAGGCUGCAGAAGAGUGUGCGCUUCACGGCAAACGAGAAUUCUGACCUCACAAUCAACGAAACGCCGUGUUGCACGAAAGACUUGCUGCACAGCUUUCGCGCAUCGGAAUGGCGUUUUCGCUCACUUGAGCGCUGCUGGUAUCACGCUUUCAGCUGCCGAACGGUUCAAGACGAUGCAUUGAGCGCCUGCGAACAAGUUGAUGCGGAUCUGAGCGCCAAGAUAGCAUUGCAACGUGAUGCUACAGUACAACGAGCGAUCACAAUUCACGACAAGCUUCUGUACGACAUUGCACAAAGUGACAGCGAGGACGCGCUUCUACGCCGGCGCUGA